AAAUAAUGCGUGGAAGACUUGGGUUUCUCAUUAACUCCAGAGCUGAUAUAGUCCCAUCUCUCCAAGCACCAGCCCGUUUUCCUGCCUCCAUCCCAGCUCUGCUGUCCUUUCUUCCCUGCCCAAGCCCUCACCUUGCUCUGCAGCCCAGGACAGUGACUGUUCCCAGAAGGAGAGUGGAGGAGCUGCGGGAUGGAUGAGAAAAGGAGAAUGCAGACUGAGAAGCACCUCACAGGAACACUGAUCCUCUCAGUCUUCACUGCGGUGUUGGGCUUCUUCCAGUAUGGCUACAGCCUGGGGGUCAUUAAUGCCCCCCAGAAGGUGAUAGAAGCGCACUACGGGCGCGUGCUGGGCAUUGUCCCCCCGGACAGAUACGCCACCAAUGCCUCCGGGCAGGAUGGCACACUCCUCCAGGCUGGCACAGAGGGCACACUCCCACCCCUGGCUGACAUCAGCAAGGACCUCGCUGCCUCCUCACACAUCCUCACCAUGUACUGGUCCCUGUCCGUGUCGGUGUUCGCCAUCGGUGGCAUGGUCUCCUCCUUCACCGUGGGCUGGAUCGGCGACCGGCUCGGCAGGGUGAAAGCCAUGCUGGUGGUGAAUGUCCUCUCCAUUGCUGGGAACCUCCUCAUGGGGCUGGCAAAAUUUGGGCCAUCCCACAUCCUCAUCAUCUCUGGGAGAGCGGUCACGGGGCUGUACUGUGGUGAGUACAGGCUGGUCAGAAAUCCACUGAAGUCAGCUCCUUGGUACUGUGCUCCAGGGCUGCAGUUCAGAGUUUCCCAUAUUUUUUUUAAUCCUUUUUUAGUUCAGAAGGAGUUUCACAGGCAACUGCCUCAAUUAUUCCAGGUCCUUGGAUUAGACUUUCUUCUGGGCAAUGAUGAGAUGUGGCCCUUGCUCCUUGGUCUGUCUGGCGUGGCUGCCCUGCUGCAGUUCUUCCUGCUCUUACUCUGCCCUGAGAGCCCCCGAUACCUUUACAUCAAACUGGGGAAGUUGGAGGAAGCUAAAAAAAAUUUGAAAAGGCUUAGAGGAAACUGUGAUCCAAUGAAAGAGAUUGAAGAGAUGGAAAAGGAAAAGCAAGAAGCUGCUAGUGAAAAGAAAGUCUCCAUAAGACAGCUUUUCACCUCUUCCAAGUACAGGCAAGCUGUCAUUGUGGCGCUGAUGGUGCAAAUAUCCCAGCAGUUCUCUGGAAUCAACGCGAUCUUUUACUACUCCACAAACAUUUUCGAGAGAGCUGGGGUUGACCAACCAGUUUAUGCAACCAUCGGUGUUGGAGUGGUGAACACGGUCUUCACUGUUAUCUCUGUCUUUCUGGUGGAGAAGGCGGGCAGGCGGUCCCUGUUCCUGGCAGGUUUGAUGGGCAUGUUAAUCAGCGCCGUGGCCAUGACAGUUGGGCUUGUGCUCCUGAGCCAGUUCUCCUGGAUGAGCUAUGUCAGCAUGGUCGCAAUCUUCCUCUUCGUCAUCUUCUUCGAAGUGGGGCCUGGGCCUAUCCCCUGGUUUAUCGUAGCCGAACUGUUCAGCCAAGGCCCACGCCCUGCUGCCAUCGCUGUCGCCGGCUUCUGCAACUGGGCCUGCAACUUCAUUGUGGGAAUGUGUUUCCAGUACAUAGCGGAUCUGUGUGGACCAUACGUGUUUGCAAUCUUUGCGGGUCUGCUCCUCACCUUCUUCCUGUUUGCAUACUUCAAAGUACCAGAGACGAAAGGAAAGUCCUUUGAGGAGAUUGCAGCUGUGUUCCGCCGCAAGAAGCUCUCAGCCAAAGCCAUGACUGAGCUGCAAGACCUGCGACGCAGCGAGGAGGCAUAGACAUCCCACACACCCAGAAAGGAGGGACUGGGCAUGCACCUCCUUCAGACACCAUGGGAAGAAUGUUGGGCAAAAGUCUCAUUUCACAAAAACCUUGUAGCUGGCAGACCAGGAGCACCCAUCCAUCAGAUUCCUUCUGGCUGCUGUGGUUCACGCCUCCCAGCCACAGGUGCUAACCUGGUAUUUUACUCUGAGACACUUGGGACAGCUGGGCUGCAGGAAGAGCCAGAGAAAGGACAGGAGUAUGGUACAUGUCCAUCUCAAUGCCCUGCAGGAAGAGCCCAGUGAGACAGUGAUGUUACCAGACAGCAUUGAGCAGGGCUGUCUCUUAGCUGAAAUGAAGGAAAGAGGGGCUGGCUGAUGCUGCAGCCUCAUGUUUUCACUUUUUUAUCCCCAUCUCUCUGCUUCAUUCUGCUGAGUGAGCUGGUGCUUUUACAAUCCAACUGCUUGUGCAGUUGUGCCACCAACACACAGCACUGAUUACUCCAGGUGCUAAGGAAAAUAGGUGGAGCAAACACCCCCUUACUCUUGCUUCUGCAGAGGAAGAUGGUGGAUCCCACCUGAACUGGCUGGAAUGUACCUUCCUUGCUUUUCCUAUCUGUGCAUUAUGGAAAUGCUGUCUGAUCUCAUAACGACUUCUCAAGUGCAGUGUUUUUUUGUAGAAUCUUAGAAACUGUGGCUGGGCCAAUGGGCAUUUUCCCUACAUUUCAGCCAGACUAUUUAGCUCUCCCUUUCCUUCCAGGAAUCCUCUCCUCUCCCCCUUCUCACUGCUGCAGCACAAGACAGAUCACAACACUGACCACACAAAAGGCCUGGGCACUCCUGGUCUCCAUGUGAGGAGACUGGAGCCCUGCUGCCACCCCUUCUAUGGUGUGACCAUUGCCAGGGCAUCUCCUGCCCCAUCUGCACCUUCCUUCCUUUCCAUUCAUACAGUGCUCAAGACCCACAGGCUCCAGGUCUAGCCAAGAGCUCAGGCUGCUCAUAGAGCAACAAUUAAUGAUGACCCAAAGAAGAAAUGGGUAUUGGAAGGGUAACUGGAAGGUGCCACUUACCUAACUCCCAUUUUGCAUCACUUAGCGUUUUGUGGGCUGGAUGUACUACAGCCAAGAUAGUGUGCAAGCAGGAGGUCGUGCUGUUUCAAUAGUCUGUUUGUGCUCCUUUUGCUUCUUUAUGAGACAUUUUUAUGUGGCAGAACCAAAAUCCAAGGAUCUUUCUUCCUUUUUUGGGGUCAUAUGUUGGAACCAUUGUAAAAGCCUGCUCUCUGCUUGACUUUUAAGAUUUGCAUGUUCCUUGUUUUGAUACCAGGUUACUAUUUAGCAACUUUCUCAGGGUAGAAACCCAUUAUUUAUUUAGAGAUUAAACACUGGCAUUGCUUGGUCACUGCCAUGUCAUAGCUGCUGGUGAAGUAGUGACCAAAAUGUAACAGAGGAUGGAGCAUAAUGAAAAGCACAAAAUAGAUGGGCUGAGGAGGAUCACACUGCUGCUAUGGGUUUGGUUUCAGGGGAGGCUCAUGCUCCUUUCCAUGUGCCUGAACUUUUUUUCCUUUGUAGACUUUAUUCUUGGUAUUAAGACCUUACAGCAAAUUCUGGUCACUUCCAAUUGAUGGGAAGUGCAGCCACAAGGUCCACUGGCAGAAUUGCUGGCCCUGGUGUGUGCACUGAAGCAGUAAGAUUGCAGCAAAGGCUUUUCUGGAGUGACUGCUGGGAUUUAGAGAAGAACUGGGUCAGUGCUAUCAUGUGCUGCAGUGGUGGGUGACCCAGGUCUGACAUGGGGCAUGCAGGGCUGCUGGAACCAGAGCCCAGGCUGGGGCUGAGAAGAGAGCAGCAGAGCUGGGGCACAGGUCUGUGUUGAGCUGUCCAUCUGUGUGGGGCACACGGGUCCCCCUGAUGAGACCAAUGGCCGCAGCAGGCUCAGCAGCUCUCCACAGUGUUUACUGUAAAUUAAAUAUAAUGGAUUAUCUGAAUGUACAAAAAGGAGAAAAAAAAGAGUAUUCUUGCUAUCAGCAUUGUUAUCUAGGUCUGUUAGAUAAAAGAUGAACAACAUCUAUGGUA